AUGGCAAAGGAAAAAAAAUCGUUCAAGAAGUAUGCGAAGAAGCAUUUGGCGACUGUGAUUGAAAACCGACGUAAGGGCGCCAAGGCGAAGAAGGAGAAGCUGGAGCGUGUGGAAAGGAAAAAGGUGCGGGAAGAAAAGGAGGCAGAGCGUGAGGAGCGGGAGCAUCAAGAGCAACUGGAGCGGCUGAAGGAUACGGACCCGGAGUUUUAUUCGUACCUCGAGGAAGAGGAUCCCACUUUACUGCAGUUUGGGGACAAGGACAUGGAUAUUGUGGAUGAGAACGAGGGCAGUGACGCUGAAACGGAGCCAGAUGAAGAAGAGGAUGGUAACGACAUAGACGAUGGCGAUGAUAACAUAAGCGGGAUCGCUGACGAGGGGAAUGGAGAGCAGUCGAUUCAGGAGUCACGUGUCACAAGUGGGGAGCUCGACCGCCUGAUUAAGGAGAAGAAUGUGGAAGCGUGUGUUAACAUUUUUGUAAGCGCGCUGCGUGAACUCGGGUACCGUGUAAAAGAGAGCCCCAGGGCAAGCACCAGGCGCAAAUUCGAAGACCCAUCGCUGGUGAAAGAGUCCAUGCUACGUGUUGCCCAGUUUAUUGGCUCGAACCUUAGCACCGUCAUCACCGGUAAAGGAGCGUUCAAAACGCCCAAAACACGGCAUUUGGUGAGGCGUAUAUUGUCGUCUUUGGUGGUCAGCUUGGACGAGAGCAACACUGACGCUGCGCUGGCGGCUGGCCUGCUUCACGCUUUAGUAGCUUUUGUACCCAUCCUCCAUUUCCUAAAGGGUAUGACAAAAUCUGUUUUGAAGGCAUCCCUUUUACUUUGUUGUGCAACAGAGGAGUCUGUCCGCGUCGCUGCUUAUGUUGUUGUUCGCUCAAUUGCGACGCGUGCGACGGGUACCCGUUCUAUGUAUCAGUCAACGGCCUUUAAGGGUGUGUUUCUCACACUCAUACGCACGGCGCACAGUUAUAACAUCCGCAACGCUCCUCUGUUAGCGUUUCUCACCAACUGUGUGGUUGACCUCUAUGGGACUGACAUGGAAGCAGCUUAUCAGCACGCAUUCGUAUACCUGCGUCAGCUGGCGAUUUAUCUUCGCGGGGCCCUGCAGCAACAAUCGCAGAGUAAUGUACGUGCUGUGGUAAACUGGCAAUACCUCAACGCACUGCGCGCAUGGGGCGCUGUUGUGUCAAAUUAUUCCGAAGCAUCGCAACUCGGGCCCCUUAUUCAUCCUGUCGUCCAACUCGCUACUGGGCUUAUGGACCUUUUUUCCUCUCCACGCAUGUUCCCCAUGCACCUCCAGGUUAUUGAAGUGCUCAACCACAUUGCACUUCGUGCUGAUGGUGUUUUUAUACCUGUGGCGCCUUACCUCCUGCGUAUUCUCACGUCACCAAGCAUUGCCUUGGGUCACCACAGUAAUGGUAGUGGACGGGGGGAAACAGGCGACCCGGUGGAUUUGCGCUUCACAAUUCGUGUAAAGAAGUCUCAGGCACGCAACUUCUCCUAUCAUCGAAGUGUGUGGUCUGAAUGUCUUUAUCUUCUUUCGGAACACCUGGCGACGCACAGCCACACGGUCGGCUUUCCUGAGGCUUUUUGGUCUGUUGAAGUGACUUUGAAACGACUGCGCACGGAGGUAAAGGUACCAAAGGUGCAUGCCCAAUUAAGCGCCCUCUUGCGCCACAUUCAAACUACAAACCAAAAAAUCGUAUCGAAGCGCGAGCAAUCCGGGCCCGGCCCAUGUGAUUUGGCUGCAGUAAAACAAAUGGAGGACGAACUGAAAGCAUCUGGAAACCCAUUGAUUACAUACUACCAAUCGCUGCGGCAGCAGCGUAUUGAGGCCUUCGCUGCUAAACAGAAAGAUGCAAAUGGGGAAGAAAGGGUUACGUUGGAGGCCACCGUGGAGAGGGAAAAGAGCAAAAAGAAUCGCAAGCGACAAAGGAGCGACCACAACUCCUAG